AUGCAACUGAGCUGUAAGCAAAACAGAAGAUUGGUUAUUUAUUCGGCGCAUUAUGGUCGAGCGGUUGAAGGACGAGCGAUGCACUGUACAUCAAAUGCUUCAAUUGCACAGGAUUGUAUGAUAAAUGUUUUGGAUCAAGUACUGUACAAUUGUCAUGCACGAACAGAAUGCACAGCAUUAGUGAAUGACGAACAAUUCGGUAAAACCGGAUGCGGUCCAGGAAUACACAAAUAUCUCACUGUUAUUUUCAUGUGUAUGAACGAUGAGAUCUUCAGUGAAGCAGCUGUAAAGGGUAAUUUGGAAGCAAUGAACAAAAUCAUUUCGCAUUUAUCGCCAAUGAAAAUACCAGAAGUGAAAACGACACUUGUGAAAGAUGAUGAGCUUAAUUUUCAUAUUAAAGAUGAUCCUAAUCUUGGAUGUUAUAUGUUGAAUUCAUUGUUAGUAAACAGUUACGAGGAGUCAGAAGAUGAUGGAGCAUUUGUCAUAGCAAAUCCAAUUGAUGUCACUACACCAAGCGGGCUUCCUUUUAAUGUUUUCGGCUUCAUACAUGAUGUUUUGGUAAUAGUGCAAAUAAUAAAAGGUUUGAUUGAUCACAUUGAUCUUUGA